AUGAACAGAAGACCAACACAAGAGCCAGGCUAUAUUAAGACCAAGAGCCAGACUAUACCAAGACCAAGAGCCAGGCUAUAUCAAGACCAAGAGCCAGACUAUACCAAGACCAAGAGCCAGGCUAUAUCAAGACCAAGAGCCAGACUAUAUCAAGACCAAGAGCCAGACUAUAUCAAGACCAAGAGCCAGGCUAUAUCAAGACCAAGAGCCAGACUAUACCAAGACCAAGAGUCAGACUAUACCAAGACCAAGAGCCAGGCUAUAUCAAGACCAAGAGUCAGACUAUAUCAAGACCAAGAGCCCGGCUAUAUCAAGACCAAGAGUCAGACUAUACCAAGACUAAGAGCCAGACUAUACCGAGACCAAGAGCUAGACUAUACCAAGACUAAGAGUCAGGUUAUACCAAGACCAAGAGCCAGACUAUACCAAGACCAAGAGCCAGGCUAUAUCAAGACCAAGAGUCAGACUAUACCAAGACCAAGAGCCAGGCUAUAUCAAGACCAAGAGCCAGACUAUACCAAGACCAAGAGCCAGACUAUACCAAGACCAAGAGUCAGACUAUAUCAAGACCAAGAGUCAGACUAUACCAAGACCAAGAGCCAGAUUAUACCAAGACUAAGAACCAAGAGCCAGACUAUACCAAGACCAAGAGCCAGGCUAUAUCAAGACCAAGAGUCAGACUAUACCAAGACUAAGAGUCAGGUUAUACCAAGACCAAGAGUCAGACUAUAUCAAGACCAAGAGCCAGACUAUACCAAGACCAAGAGCCAGACUAUACCAAGACCAAGAGUCAGACUAUAUCAAGACCAAGAGUCAGACUAUACCAAGACCAAGAGCCAGGCUAUAUCAAGACUAAGAGUCAGGUUAUACCAAGACCAAGAGCCAGACUAUACCAAGACCAAGAGCCAGGCUAUAUCAAGACCAAGAGUCAGACUAUACCAAGACCAAGAGCCAGACUAUACCAAGACUAAGAGUCAGGUUAUACCAAGACCAAGAGCCAGACUAUACCAAGACCAAGAGCCAGGCUAUAUCAAGACCAAGAGUCAGACUAUACCAAGACCAAGAGCCAGGCUAUAUCAAGACCAAGAGUCAGACUAUACCAAGACCAAGAGCCAGGCUAUAUCAAGACCAAGAGUCAGACUAUACCAAGACCAAGAGCCAGGCUAUAUCAAGACCAAGAGUCAGACUAUACCAAGACCAAGAGCCAGGCUAUAUCAAGACCAAGAGUCAGACUAUACCAAGACCAAGAGUCAGACUAUACCAAGACCAAGAGCCAGGCUAUAUCAAGACCAAGAGUCAGACUAUACCAAGACCAAGAGCCAGGCUAUAUCAAGACCAAGAGUCAGACUAUACCAAGACCAAGAGCCAGACUAUACCAAGACCAAGAGCCAGGCUAUAUCAAGACCAAGAGUCAGACUAUACCAAGACCAAGAGCCAGACUAUACCAAGACCAAGAGUCAGACUAUACCAAGACCAAGAGCCAGACUAUACCAAGACCAAGAGCCAGACUAUACCAAGACCAAGAGCCAGACUAUACCAAGACCAAGAGCCAGACUAUACCAAGACCAAGAGCCAGACUAUACCAAGACCAAGAGCCAGACUAUACCAAGACCAAGAGCCAGACUAUACCAAGACCAAGAGCCAGACUAUACCAAGACCAAGAGCCAGACUAUACCAAGACCAAGAGCCAGACUAUACCAAGACCAAGAGCCAGACUAUACCAAGACCAAGAGCCAGGCUAUAUCAAGACCAAGAGCCAGACUAUACCAAGACCAAGAGCCAGGCUAUAUCAAGACCAAGAGCCAGACUAUACCAAGACCAAGAGUCAGACUAUAG